AUGGAUGACGCAAAAAACCCUUCUGAGGUUCUUCCCCUGGAUUCAGCCACCCCAGCUUCAGGGAACCCUGAUCCAGAAGCCCCAGGUUCUGCUGACGUAGGCUCAGCUAACCCAACGGCAGAGACCUGUGAGAAUCCCGAACAGCCUGAGGCAUCUGGUUCCAGCCUCCCCAAGAAGACCAAGCCAUCGGGCAGCCGGAUCUCCAAACCAUCCACCUCGCCUGGCGCCAGCCUCGCCAAGCUGUCCAAACCACUGAGUCAAGGACUCUCCAAGCUCAUCCUGGAGGCUGUGGCCACCUCCAAGAAGCGCACCGGCCUUUCCCUGCAGGCUCUCAAGAAGAUCAUCGCGGCCACGGGCUACAACAUGGCCAAGAAGAAGACCCACUUCAAGAGGGUGCUGUUGAGCCUGGUGACCAAAGGGCUCCUGCAAAAGCUGAAAGGCACCGGGGCUUCCGGCUCCUUUGGGAUCGGCAAGGAGAUGACCAAGAAGAUGGGCCCAGGGCACAAGAAGAAAAAGGCCUCCAAGAAAAGAGGGAGGCCCCUCAAGGUCGGCAUAGCAGCAACAAGCCUGGCCGAAAGAGGGCAGCUGCUGACGAUGGAUCUUCUAAGGAAGCCAAGCCGUCAGCCAGCCACGCUGGGCAGCAGCCAGCCAACACCUGAGGGAUAG